UGAUGUGGAAAAAAAUGAACGAUUUUUAAUAAAAUUUUGAUAUUUUCAAAAUAUGCAAAAAAAAAAGUGAAAUCAAGAGCAUGUAUAGAAUUUAAUUAUUAUUUUGAUAUGCGGUUUUUCUUUAAUGUAUGAGGUUUAUCCCUAUAAAAUGACAAAAAGUAUGAACGUUGAAAUCAACUUCUCUUACCAUCUAUGCCUUUCUUUUUUAUCUAAUAAACUAUCUUCCUUAAUUUUUCAACCAGCAGCAACAAUGGCAAGCCAUCUUCCAGAUCCCUUAACCACUUCCCAUAAACCAAGUCUAGCCAAACAAGACGAAGAAACGGUGGGCUUACAGGCAGAGAGGAUCUUGAACUCCUUGGCCUUUCCCAUGGUUCUCAAAGCCGCCUUGGAGCUUGGUGUCAUUGAGACGAUCGCAGCUGUAGAUGAAGGCGUGUGGCUCUCGUCUUCUGAGAUUGCGCUUCGUCUCCCAACCAAACCCACCAAUCCAGAGGCACCGGUUAUGUUGGACCGGAUGCUGGUUUUACUAGUUAGUCACUCGAUCUUGAAGUACCGUACUGUAGAAACCGAAGGUGAUGGUGGAAUUGCAAAGACCGAGAGGGUAUAUGCAGCUGAACCGGUUUGCACGUGUUUCUUGAACCGUGGAGAUGGCUCGGGUUCUCUUGCGUCUCUGUUCAUGUUACUCCAAAGCGAAGUGUACUUCAAGACAUGGACACAUCUCAAAGAUGUGAUAUUAGAUGGAAAAGAUGCAUUCACCUAUGCAUAUGGCAUGAGAGUUUUCGAAUACAUUGGUUUGAACGAACCAUUCGCUGAGAUGUUUAGUCGAGCAUUAUCGGAAACUUCCGCAUUUACCAUGACAAAGGUUUUAGAAAUUUACAAAGGAUUCGAAGAUGUAAACACUUUAGUGGACGUUGGAGGAGGAAUCGGAACCGUUAUAGGUCUAAUAACUUCCAAGUAUCCUCAUAUUAAAGGCAUCAAUUUCGAUCUACCCUCGGUUUUAGCCCAUGCUCCUUUUUAUCCAGGAGUGGAACAUGUUUCAGGAGAUAUGUUUACAGAAAUUCCAAAAGGAGAUACCAUCUUUAUGAAAUGGAUACUACAUGAUUGGAGUGACGAAGAUUGUGUAAAGAUUCUAAAAAAUUGUUGGAGAAGUCUUUCUGAAAAAGGAAAAGUGAUAAUAGUGGAGAUGCUUACGCCAAUAGAACCAAAGGCCAACGACUUUUCUUCUAACAUUGUGUUCGCUAUGGACACGUUAAUGUUAACACAAGUAUCUGGUGGCAAGGAGAGGUCUCUUUCCCAGUUCGAGACUCUGGCGCUUAAUUCGGGUUUUCUUCGUUGUGAAAUCAUAUGUCGUGCAUAUUCAUAUUAUGUUAUUGAAAUCCACAAAUAGAUUCCAAAUUUUUACCAAAGCAAAGCUACAAGAAUAAUAGUGCUUGUUUUUUAGUCAAUGAAUUUCUUUUGUACUCUUGAGUAAAGGAUUGUUUUUCUUUUUCAAAAUCGUUUGUGGAGAUUGUUUUAGUGUCAACGAGGUGCAUCCUGUUCAAUGUAGAAAUCUGUUGUCAUUAGGAUUUUUAAAUAACCAAGUGCACAAAUACUAAGCUUAAGUUAGCAACUUUUAUAAAUGAAAUGCUUAUCGAACCAUUGAUCGAAAUAGCCAAAU